AUCGGUUUCUACCUCUAAGUGCGUCUGCACCGGAGGACACGCAAGGUCUGACUACUAGUUGCUGCUGUUUUCGGCAAGAAGAUGGUUUUAAAACUUUUAAGAACCAUAAUAAUGGGACCACCAGGUUCUGGAAAGGGUACUAUAGCCACAAGGAUCGCGAAAGACUUCGGACUUGUACAUCUGUCGAGCGGAGAUUUGUUAAGAAAACAAAUUCAUGAUGAGACAGAGUUUGGCAGAGAGGCCAAAAAAUAUAUAGAUCAUGGCCAUCUUGUUCCUGAUGAUCUCAUCACCCAUUUAAUGAUUGCUGAACUUCGCAAGAUUGAAGAUGAAAGCUGGCUACUUGAUGGAUUUCCCAGAACUGUUGAACAGGCUAAGGCUCUGGAAAAGGAUGAACCUGUAGACAUCGUCAUCAAUUUACGUGUUCCAUUUGAUGUCAUCAUCAACAGAAUAAAAGGUCGCUGGACACAUGCAAAAAGUGGUAGAAUAUACCACACAGAAUUUAAUCCUCCCAAGACAGCGGGAAUAGAUGAUAUUACAGGAGAGCCCCUUAUUCAGAGGGAAGAUGAUAAGGAGGAGACAGUGCGAAAACGACUAGAGCAUUAUCGUCGCUUAACGCACCCAGUUUUAACUUUUUAUAGAAACAUAGGCAUUGUGGAAGAGUUUGAAGGAAGCUAUUCCAAUGAAAUAUGGCCAAGAGUUCACGAGUUUCUUUCAACAAUUAAACAACCAAUUCAGUACACACAUUAUGAAUAGUAUUAUCACCUACUAAGUAUUUACUUGUUAAAAGAAAUCUGUGGCAUCAAUUUUGAUAAUGAAGAUAUUUCUAAGUUUGUCAUUCAGGUUUUCCACCCUCACUUAGUAAUAUUGAACCAGUUUAGCAGUGAAAUUACUUAGCGAUCUUUUUCAGUGAGUGGACAUCUUUUACAAUUUGGGUUGUGAUGCAAAUGCUUGAAAUGUUUAAAUGAAAAAUUUGGUAUUGAUGUUGCUUUGCCACAAGCAGAGAUUUCUGAACAUUUUAAAUCAUGCUGCCAAAGGAAUUUCUUCUAUUUAGGAAUAGAUAUGAUCCCUAAGGCAUUAUUUAUGAUGAUAAAUUGUUGAUAGCAAACACAAGCACGUUGUAGAGAAGCAAACAAAAACUGCAGAGUACGAAAGACAUACUUUAUGUCAUUGUUUAUAUCUCGAAUAAUGGCAAUUUGAGAUAACUGUGUAUGGAUCUUGCUUUCUUUUGCCAGGUCAUGAUUUUGUUAUUGCAUUGUACCUGUUUUCAUUUUCAGGAAGUGUGUGUAUAAUAGGUAUAGAGCUCAAUGUCUUUAAUUUUGUAGUUUGCAACUGUUCAAUAUUUUUUGCAGGAGGUAAGGAGGGGUUAUAUUAAAUUUAUCCAGGAUUAUCUUUUAGUAACUAUUUAAUCAAAAAUUUAUUGGCUUUGCCUUAUAAAAAAAAAUCUACUUUAAACAGAUCAAUUCACUUCAUAUUUACAUUUUUUUAUUACUAUUCCUGUGGAUACUAUGAUAUUUAAUGCUUGUCCACAGGGCUUGGAUAUAUAAGUGAACUUAUUGUUAAUAACAGUUAAUACAUUUACAAGACCUCUUAUGACAAACACAGAGAUAAUAUUGAUAUGUGAACUUUUUUUAAAGAUACAAAUGUCUGAAACUUUAAAAAAAAAAACUGUUCACGAAACCACAUUUCUUGAGAGACUGUAGAGUUUUAUAGAUCAGUCAUUGGCUUUUUUUUUUGUUUUGUUUUGGGUUUGUUUUUUUUUGUUGCAUAUUUUACAUCAUACCACUGGCAUCUCAAGACAAUGUGUUGUGUGAUAUAGGUGUGAUUUUUAUGUUAUGGGAUAAGCACGUCAAGUGUUUUUUAUAUCUAUUUUAACAUCUACUCAGAUUAUAUGCCAGCAGUACUAAAGGUAUUCCUUAAAAUUUAUUUAAUUUUGGCUGGAAUGCUAUUUCAUUGCUUCUAUAAGUUAUAGAGGACUAUGCAUAACAGCAUUGGAAUAUGGUUAGAUGUUAAUUUUAAAAUUCUAGGUGGAUGGUAGAUUCCUGUUGGAGUUUUAGUUGUCUUUAAUGUGGUGCCGUUAUCAGUUUCUUAUAGUUAUUAGCUUUAAAUCAUGUACUACCCGAUCAUGCAAUGACUUAGAAUCAUAGGAUUAUGUGAAUAAAUUUUGUCAAUAAUCAUAAGUAUUCAUCUAAUCUCCUUUAAUGUCUUCCAAUGUCCAAAAAGAAACUAUUGCAGCAAAACGUCCAAAGAUUUCCAAAAGAUAUCAAUCCAAUCAAGUUCAACCAAUUCACAGUAUAAAGUAAUCACUAAUAAAACUGUCUUGUCCUGUUAUCUCAUCCAUACAUGUUUUAUUACCAUAGAUCUGGUGCAAGUUCUCAUGAUCUUAGGAAUUUUGUGAGGACCAAAUGAUCACAACUGUAUUUUUCUGUGGUAUAUUUGUAUUAAGCUUAACCAUUCAUUUUGUAUCUAAGCCCUCCUUUGAAUUAUGCAUAUUACGAAGUCUUCCCAGUGCAUUUCUUGCUCUUAAUUUAUCUUUUUUGAAAACAGUAUAUGGUUAACCCCACUGAUGUCUUGAUUAAUUUUGAAUGUUUAUAUAAAUAUGCAAGGAAGCAUUCUACUACAGGUACUUGUGAAUUCAGCUCCACAUGGGGAAAUCACUCUAUAAUCAAUAAUCACAUAGUAUGUGAUGUUAUAGGUGUCAGAAUGUGCUGAUAUGAGAAUUGUAUACACUUUAAAGAUAUGUAAAAACGAAUUGUGAUGAUUUUGUUUUGAAGAAAGUUUUUCUUCAGUAUA